AUGGUCACGUACACCUACGGGGAUGGGGUCACUACUGUGAAGACCUCUGAGCCAAGGCCUUCAACGUCUGCGGAAAGAAGGUCAUUCGGACAGAUUGCCGUUUCGUGCUCAGCUCGUCAGCUCGAUUCUGGAAUUCCUGGUUGCCGUCCUGGGGUACUUCUGGCCACGAGUCUAGCUUAUCUCGUGUGUCCAGAUGGGGCCGCUCACCGCAUUCGUCUGCUCAUCGACCCAGGAUCAGAAAUAUCUAUUAUUGGGAACCAGAUUGUGCGUCGUCUGGGACUUACCCGGUCCAAGACUUCACUACUCAUUUCCGGAAUCGGAAACUCGGCAACUGGGCCGGCACUAGGCAAGGUACCGCUCACCAUACAGUCCACUCAUUCUUCAUUUCAGCUGAGAGUCACGGCUUAUGCUCUCAGCCAGCUCACCACGUCGUUACCGACGUUUACACCCGGACAGCUCAAGUGGGAUCAUCUUGAAGGGUUACAAAUCGCUGAUCCCAGCUUCCUGGCACCAGCACCAAUUGACGUCCUACUUGGUGCUGACGUCUACGGUCAGCUCAUCCUGCCAGAGGUCAUCACGCAUGACCCAGGUUCACCAUCGGCUCAGCUCACUCGACUCGGAUGGGUCAUCUUCGGGCCCACUGAAAGUGUUGCGUUAGCUCACACGGCCACAGCUCACCUUGCGGUAUCCAAUGAGGACCUCGAUAGCUUACUCACCAGGUUCUGGGUCCAGGAAGAGGUUCCUGAGACUUCAGAGGUACAGCUCACCGACGAGGAAGCUCAAUGCGAGGAACACUUUCGGCGGACACACACCAGGGACUGCUCCGGACGUUAUAUUGUCCGGUUACCGCUCAAGGCUCCGCCCUCAGUGCUUGGGGAUUCACGAGCGUCCGCGCUCGCAUGCCUUCACCGACUGCUCAGGAAGUUCUCCCGUGAUGAGGAAUACCAUCAACUCUAUACAAACUUCCUCAAGGAAUAUGAAGCCCUUGGCCACAUGCGCCGGGUCUCCGGACAGCUCACUCAGACAGCUCAUCGACAGCGUAUGGGGGAGUGCACAGCUCUCGGGACGACCUUAGCACAUGAAGCUCCGGCUUCAGGAGGGUUGAGGGUCCCGAAUAGCUCCAGCGAGACGACGAAGCUCAGAGUCGUGUUCAACGGCUCCCAUAAGACCAGCUCGGGGCAGACGCUCAACGAGAUUAUGCAUACUGGAGCCAAACUCCAGAGAGACAUUGCUGAUGUACUGCUCUUCACUCGACGGCAUAAGCUCAUCUUCAUGACGGACAUCACCAAGAUGUUCCGCCAAAUCGGAGUACAUCAGGAUGAUUGGCCGCUCCAACAGAUACUUUGGGCCGAUGCAAAUGGGAACGUCACCACAUAUCAGCUCACCACCGUCACGUAUGGAACUAGAUCCGCUCCAUUCCUUUCCAUACGUGUCUUGAACCAGCUCGUGGAGGACGAGGGCAGUAACUAUCCUCUCGCCGUGGAGCCGCUCACGAAAGGACUAUAUGUGGAUGAUAUUUGCGGAGGUGCUGACUCAGAGGAGGAGUUACUCAAGACCGCUCAUCACGUGACUCAACUUUGCCAAUCAGGCGGCUUUCCGUUGGCGAAAUGGCACUCCAACAGUGCAGGUCUGCUCAGCGCACUCAGGUUGGACAGCACCUCCCACGAUCAAAAGGUGAUCGAGGACUCGCUCACCAAGAUCUUAGGGGUCUCAUGGCACCCAGGAACGGACAGCUUCACGUUCUCCAUCGCUCGGCCUGAAACCAACUCCAUCUCAAAACGAAUCAUUCUGUCGGAAACCGCUCAGCUCUUCGACCCACUUGGCUUCCUCACGCCAGUGGUGGUACGAGCGAAAAUACUACUACAGGCGCUCUGGAUAGAGAAACUGGGAUGGGACGACCCAGUUUCCCCGACAACAGCACAUCGAUGGCGACAGUUCAGGGAUGAGCUCAACCAGUUGUCGGAGGUCACCGUGGCUAUGGCAGCUGUCAUUUACCUGAAGGUUCCGCACCUACCUGGAAAUGGUAUCACGCUCGUCUGCUCCAAGACUAAAGUAGCCCCGCUCAAACGGCUGACCAUCCCACGCCUGGAACUUACGGCUGCCCUGCUCCUAGCCAAGCUCGUACGUUACGUUCAGGAUCAGCUCAACCUCAGAGCUGCGCCCACCUACCUCUGGACGGAUUCCUCCGUAACGCUCACAUGGAUCAGCUCCCACCCAUCACGAUGGAAAGAAUUCGUGAGGAAUCGUGUCGCUUUUAUCCAAGAGCUAACUCAGCCAACUCACUGGAGGCUGGUGCCUGGCAAGGAGAAUACAGCAGAUUGUGCUUCUCGAGGUCUCACCGCGCAACAGUUAGUAGCACAUAAGCUAUGGUGGACAGGCCCACCAUGGCUACAACAGGACAACUCAUCUUGGCCAACUCACGUUCCAGAAGGGGACCUCAAUGGGGACCUCGAAGAGAAGCCGGGGCAGAUUUACUACGGCGCCGCUCAGCAAAUAGCUAUCUGGGAUCUCAUCGAUAGGUUCUCUUCGUUCAACCGACUACUUCGGAUCACCGCGAUCUGCUCAAGGUUCAUCGCUCGGCUUAGGAGCGUUCCUAAUACGUCACUCCAUUAUCCGCUCACGCUCAGCGAACUGGAAGACGCACGGCUCCUUUGGAUCAAGCUCACCCAGACAGCUCAUUUCAGGGAGGAACUACGGAUCAUCUCUCGCGGGGAGAAAUUCACCAGGUCCCAUCCGCUCACCAAGCUCACCCCGUUUAUCGAUCGUCAAGGGAUCCUGCGUGUUGGUGGACGGCUCAGGUUCGCACAGCUCGACCCCGAGAGCAAAAAUCAAGCAAUCAUCCCAAAGGAAUCGCAACUGGCUCGCUUACUGAUAAGCCAAGCUCACCUAAGGACACUUCACGGCGGGACACAGCUCACUCUUCGUCAGCUCAGGACAGCUUACUGGAUCCUCGGAGGCCGAGCUCCAGUGCGCUCCUUCAUCCUUAAAUGCGUGAAGUGCGCUCGACAACGUGGGAUACGUGCUCAACAGCUCAUGGGACAGCUGCCACCAGCCCGACUCACCCCCGCUCGCGCCUUCCUCAACACGGGGGUUGAUUACGCCGGCCCCAUAUCGCUCCGGUCAUGGAAGGGACGGGGUCACAAGUCAUACAAGAGCUGGUUGGCUAUCUUUGUCUGUAUGACCACCUCAGCCGUGCAUCUCGAGGUAGUAUCAGACUACUCAGCUGAUGCAUUCCUAGCGGCAUACAGACGUUUCUCCAGUCGGCGCGGGAUCGCUCACACCUUAUUUAGCGACUGCGGUACCACCUUUCUCGGCGCUGAUAAGGAGCUCAGGAGGCUAUUCUUAGCAGGAUCAUCCGAAUCUCGACAGCUCGCCCAGCUCCUCAUUCAAGAUGGGACUCAAUGGUCCUUCAACCCUCCAAGCGCACCACACUUCGGAGGCAAAUGGGAGGCGGCAGUGAAGUCGGUGAAAUAUCAUCUCACCCGGACUAUUGGGGAGGAUCUGCUCACCUUCGAGGAACUUACCACCUUGCUCACCCAAGUUGAGGCAGUUCUCAACUCACGGCCGCUUGAACCGCUCACUGAUGAUCCUGAUGACUGCUCGGCUCUGACCCCCGGGCAUUUCCUCAUAGGCCAGGCUCCUACGACUCUUCCAGAGCCAUCAUUGGAGAAUCUUAACAUCUCUAGACUCUCCCGAUGGCAGCUCAUCCAACGAAAACUCCAAGGGUUCUGGAAGAGAUGGUCCACAGGAUAUCUCCAACGUCUUCAGGCCAUAUCCAAGUGGUACCACCCGACUCACGACAUCAACGUCGGUUCCUUAGUUUUGCUCACGGACGAGAGGUUCCCGCCAGCCAAGUGGCUCCUCGCCCGAGUGACCGCUCUCCACCCUGGCAAGGAUGGGCUUACGCGAGUAGUCACGCUCCUGACCGCUCAGUACCAACGUCAAGGACCUAGAACCAUAUCAGCGCUACAGCUCGUCAGCUCAUUGGCCUUCACCUGGACUUCGUCAACCCUGACGGAUUUACGACCCGGCACGAUCAGCGAGGUCCACCGUGAAGAUGGAAGCACCCGGAUUGGACGGGAUUUACGACCCCCCAACGUCUCGGAUGAUUCCAAGCUUAGCCAGCACACCAAGGACCAGCUCUUCGGACAGCUACACGGUGAUCCACCCAGCAUACGCUCUUUGCUGACGGCUGGGGAGGAUGUUGGAAUUCCUGGAAGCCGACAGGAUUCCAUUACUAAUACUAACGCCUGCUCACCGUCAGCCAUCCGGCAUAAGGGGGAUGCCCCACCACCGACCACGAGGCCCCCCGAAAUCGACCGAUUGAGCGAUCGGGCAGCCUCGCUCGUUCACUUUCGUCCGGGAUUCAUUAGAAGCAACACGUGUCUAACCGUUUCUCAGAUAUUCAAUAAAAAUUAUUCUUGGCCGCUCAAACAUUUAUAA